CUUGGUUGCAGUGAAAUGGAACAGGAAACCAUAAAGAAGAAUUUUCAGCAUUUCAACUCUGAAAGCUAUUUUAAAAAAGCGAGAAAUAUGAGAAACUUAAAAUUGGUCCGAGCUUCUAAAAAGACUGUUAUAGAGAGUGACAGUUUUUGUCAGGAUUUUGACAACUUCAUAUAUUUCAGUAGCAGUAAAGGAAUUUAUCACUUUGAUCAAGUUAAUAAUGAAGUCUCAUUCUGUUCCGGUUUUGAUUCAGAGGAGCAAGAAUAUGUUAUUGGUAUGGAAUACAUUAUGGAAACCAAUAGUAUUUUCCUAGCAUCAGCUUCAGGGAAUCUAUAUUUGUAUGAUAUUGCAGAAAAACAAGUUAAUAACAUUGGAGCUGUAGAGAAUGGUUUAAAAGAAUUUGCAUGGAGUCCUGAUCAAGAAUUUCUCAUUUUAUUAACUGGACAAAGGACAUUUGUUCUCAUGACAAAGGAAUUUGACCCAAUCACUGAAAAAGAACUCUCUCCUGAAGAAUUUGGACAAAGUAAACCAAUAAAUGUUGGCUGGGGUUCUAAAACAACUCAGUUUCAUGGUUCUGAAGGAAAGGGAGCUGCUUUAAUAAGACAAAAAGAGCCAACUUCAGCUCUUCCAUAUGAUGAUAAACUCCCAAGAAUAAGUUGGAGGAAUGAUGGUGAAUAUUUUGUCAUUUCCAGUAUUGAUGAAGUAAAAGGUUAUAGAUUGCUGCGAAUUUGGAGUAAAGAUACAAUCUUACAAUUUACAAGUGAAGUUUUAGAAGGUAUUGAAGAACCACUAUCUUGGAGACCAUCUGGUGAUUUCAUAGUUUGCAGCCAGCAGACUCCUAAUAAGCAUAAGAUUAUUUUUGUUGAAAAGAAUGGCUUGAAACAUUUAGAAUUUACACUUCCUUUUAAACCUAACACAUUUAAGGUUUCACAGUUAUCGUGGAGUAAUGAUUCUAGUGUCCUAGCUGUUGUUGCCACGGAAUUAUCUGACAAUUUUUCUGACUGCCAAGUGAUGUUAUGGACUACAGGGAAUUACCAUUGGUAUAUGAAACAAAGACUUUAUUUUCAGCGAACUGCUUUGCAGAAAAGUGUAAUGGUAAAAUGGAGUUUAAAUGAUCUGUUAGAACUGAAUUGUUAUGACCAAGCUGUGAGUCAUUUUUACAAUUUUAAAUGGAUUCAGUCUAUAUUUCAUAGUCCAGCACAAUAUGAAUGUGAGGAUUCAUUAGUCGUAUCAAUAGAUAAUGAAAGUAUUUUGAUUUCUCCAUUUGGGAAGCUUGUUGUCCCUCCCCCCAUGUGUGGUUACAAGUUCAAUUUAAACUCUUCUGUGCAAUCUGUUUUCUUUGCACCUGAUACACCUUCCUUUGGAGCUUAUUUAGGCAACUAUAAAUUGGCCAUUUUCUCUAAAGGGAGCUUCGAGUUUUUAACUGAUGCAACAACAGAAAAAAAUGAAUGUACAUUUCAGUUGCAAGCUGCUGGAGGAAAUGGUUUCAAAUCUCAAGUGUUGCCAUACUCUUUCCAAACUUUAUUGUGUAUAAUUAUGGAUCCAGAAUUGUCAUCUUCUGUGUGGCCACUUUGCUUAAGUCAUUGGACAUGGGUUAAAAAUAACUUAGUUCUCUGCAUUUGCCAGCAUUCUUAUGAGAAAAAAAGUAUAUAUUCCCUUUUAUGUGUGGACUUAAAUUCACCUUCCGAAACUAAAGGCAUUGCUGCAAGAAAAGUUGCUGACUUAGACAAAUCAGUAGUUGCUAUGUGUACAAAUAGAGAUGGAUCUGUUGUUGCUAUCCAGUAUGAAAGUGGAAUGGUUAAUCGGCUUGAAAUCGAUAAAAUAAUCAAUAGCUCUGAAAAUGCAAAUAAUUCCUUAAUACAACAUUGGGAAAAAUCUUUUGGUGAUUGUUUAGUUCUCAAUCAUCCGAGCCCUGAAAUGUGUAUUGUUAAUAAAGUAGCUGCAAAUGAUUAUGGAUCAAUUGCUGCACUUGCCCCUAAUGGUGAUUUCAUAUUUCCUGAUCACCCCGCUACACAGUUUGUGACUUCUUAUUUUGUGCAAGGGGGCUUUCUUUUUUAUACAAAUACUAAGCAUGUUCUUAAUAUUCAUCAGUAUGAUGCCACUCAACAUAAUGGAAAACUUUUCCCCAAGUUUGAACAAAAGAUUGAAAGAAAUGCUAAGAUAGUAUUUGUACCACCCAGGAGUACUAAAGUAAUAUUACAAAUGCCCAGGGGAAAUCUAGAAACUAUUCACCCUCGACCACUUGUAUUGGUUGCUAUAUUUGAAGAUCUUGAUCGAUUGGAAUAUAAGAAAGCAUUUGAAAUAGCUAAGGUUCAUCGAAUUGACUUAAAUGUUCUUUUUGAUUACAAUCCUAAGUUAUUUGUGGAGAACAUCAAGUUAUUUACUGAACAAGUGCAAUCCAAAGACCUCAAUUUAUUCUUGGCAAGUUUGAAGAUUGGUAAUAUAUUGAAAGAGACAUAUCAUUUGCAGCUAGACUUUUCCGGUCUCAGUAAUCUUCAAGAGUUGAACUUCUUUAAUAAUAAAGUGAACAUGCUGUGUGAUAAAAUUCGUGAAGUCCUUGAUCCUGAAUUGAAGGAGCAUUUGCUUCCUUAUUUGGCCACUUAUGCUUUGAUGAAGCCUUCUGGUCUUGAUAAAGCAUUGCUAAAAAUAAAAAGCAUUAAAGAUUCUGGUAGUUUGAAAAAUACACAAGAUACUAUAAAUCAUGCCUUGGAUUUCUUGCUUUAUUUAGUAAAUGUUAAUGAAUUGAUUGAUGUGGCAUUUGGUACUUAUGACUUACCUACAACUAUUAUGGUUGCACAAAAAUCUCAGAAGGAUCCAAAGGAAUUUUUGCCCUUUUACAAUGAACUUCAAAACUUAGAAGAAAAUUACCGCAAAUACAAAAUUGAUAUGCAUCUUAAUAGGUUUAAAAAAGCUUUGGAGCACAUCAGUAAAUGUGCUGAUCAUUUUGAGGAAUGUUUGACACUGAUAAAAGAGAAGAAAUUGUAUGUUGAUGCUCUUUAUCUAUAUCCUCCAUCUUCUCAGGAAAAUAAAACAAUAUGGACUGAGUAUGGCAUGUACCUAGAAAGCAAAGGUUAUCAUGAUGAGGCUGGUUUAGUGUUCAGUAGAGUUGAAGCUGAUGAAUUUGCUUUUAAAGCCUAUAGAGAAAGUGCAAACUGGAAAGAAGCCUUAAAUCUUGCUUAUAAACUUAAAUACAAUGAUCAGAAAGUUCUGGGAACUUGUCAGUACAUAGUAGAGAGACUGAAAGACAAAAGAAAAUAUUUAGAAGCGGGUUACUUACUUGAACAUUUUGUUAAGGAUAUUGAAGAAGCUGUGGUUACCUUGAUUGAAGGAUAUGAAUGGAGUAGUGCCUUGCUAUUGAUGUCAAAGUAUAACAGAUAUGAUAUUGCUGAAACUCAUCUACAUCCAUCUCUUAUCAUGCUUCAUAAAACCCUAAUACCAGAAUUAGAUUUGUUAAUAAAGGAUUUCAACACACAUCUUUCCCGACUGAAAUAUUUGCGAAGUCCAGAAAAAAAGAAGCUAGAUGAAGAGGUUGCUCUUUCUUCAAAGUAUAAUGAUGAUGAUCUGUUUUCUGAGGUUACUAGUGUUUCAGAUAUUGCAUCUUCUCAAUCAGAAUCUGCUCGUUUGUCUGGCUCUAUAAUGACUCGUAAAAGUUCCAAAAGCAGAAGAAAACAACAGCUGAAGAAAUAUCGCUUGAAAGAAGGUAGUCCUGAUGAAGAUUUAGCUCUGAUUGUUGCUCUUUCUGAAAUAGUACGAAAAGUAGAUGGUCUCAAAGAUAAUUUUUUGAAUAAUGUGCGAGUGUUGGUGCAACAUGGUUUGGAUUCUCCUGCAAAAGAAAUACAAUCUAAGAUGCAAUUAUUAGUUUCUUCAAUAGAUGCUGAAAUGUCAUAUAUUUGGCCUAUUAAUCAAACAACCGAAACUCCUCCUACGCAAUGGAGCUAUGGACCAGAUUCUACUGUCAACUCUAUUACUGCUUCUAGAAAUGUGGAGGAGAAAAAUAUUACUACAACACAAAUUG